AUGGCCUUUCCGGCCGAUCAUUUCAGCGUCAAUGAAGACAUGGAGGAAGCCGAGAAGAUGUUUGAGAGUCCAUUGAUGGGAGAACAACGUCGUGAGAGGUGUCUGUGGCUCGCGUACCAGAUCGCACAGAUUCGAACCUCGGGAGACGGCGAGGAGGGUCGUUGGACCACGUACGACGUGAACACAAAAAAGUUUCGUCCGACGGCCAAGUAUGUGUCAGCCGUUAACAUACACUCUUCUAUCACUAAAACCACGUUCCUGGACGACGAGGACGUCCUCCCAGAGGCGUAG